AUGCCUCGUACAUAUCUGAAAAAGUCCGACCCUCAGGUCACGCCCAACGGCGGGAGCCCCACGUUCGACGUCUCGACAAUCGUCAAGGGCGUCAUCGACUCUAUCCGAAGCGAAGGCGACGAUGCCGUCCGCCGGUACAGCGAGCAAUUCGACAAGUGGUCGCCCGCCUCUUUCAAACUGUCUCAAGCCGAGAUCGAGCACGCCAUUUCACAAUGCUCCGAGCAGGUCAUAACGGACAUCAAGCAGGUACAGGCGAACGUGCGGAAAUUCGCGACGGCGCAAAAGGACUCCAUCAAGGAGUUUGAGUUGGAGAUGGCACCCGGUGUUUUCCUCGGCCAGAAGAACAACCCGAUCGAUUCCGUCGGAGCCUAUAUCCCCGGUGGCCGCUAUCCCCUCCUCGCCUCCGCCCACAUGACCAUCCUGACCGCCAAGACCGUCGCCGCCAUGCACCUCGCCGGCGCCGACGAGAUCUUUAUCCUCGGAGGAAUCCAGGCGGUGGCGGCCAUGGCCGUGGGCACCCCCACCGUCCCCAAGGUCGACUUCAUCGCCGGGCCCGGCAACGCCUUCGUCGCGGAGGCCAAGCGACAGCUGUUUGGCCAGAUCGGCAUCGACCUCUUCGCCGGCCCCACCGAGGUACUCAUCGUGGCCGAUGAGACGGCGGACCCCUUCAUGGUCGCCACGGACCUCCUUUCCCAGGCGGAGCACGGCCCGGAUAGCCCCGCCGUGCUUAUCACGACGUCGGCCGAGGUUGGGAAGGAGACGAUACGGUACUGCGACGAGCUGCUCAAGACCUUGGUCACUGCCCCGAUUGCCAGCGUGUCUUGGAGGGAUUAUGGAGAGAUCGUCGUCGCCGAUACCAUUGAUGAAGCGUACGAGAUUGCGGACGAGUACGCCUACGAGCAUGUACAAAUUCUUACCGCUAGCCCGCGGGAUGCCCUCCAAAAGAUGCAGCAUUACGGCGCCCUGUUCUUGGGACCCAUGACGUGCGUAUCGUAUGGAGACAAGUGCAUCGGAACAAACCACGUUCUUCCCACCAAGGGCGCGGCCAAGUACACGGGAGGUCUGUGGGUAGGCAAGUUCUUGAGGACGGUAACCUACCAGGAGGUGAGGAAUGCGGAAGAAAGCGGUAAGCUCGGCCAGCUCUGCGGCAGGGCCGCCAGGGUCGAGCUCUUCGAGGGCCACGCGAGGUCGGGCGAUUUGCGCGCCCAUCUUUACCUAGAGGAUCAGUUCGAUUGGAUAAAACCCAAGGCGUAG